AUGGAAAAUCAAUCUCCAAAUGGCAAAAAGGCAAUGGAAGAAGAGCUAAUGAGAGGGCGUGACAUGGCAAGGGAGUUACUUGAAGUACUUGCAAACGAGGAAGGGUCAAAGUCAGUUUUACCAAUUGCUGAGGAUCUUGUUCUCAAUGUAAUGAGAUCAUUCACAAAUACCCUUUUGCUCUUGAACACCAACCAUGAUGACUCCAAUGAGGUGGUGGCGCCUAUAACUAUUGGAGAUUUCACUUUCUCCGCUAACAACUGCCCAAAGCUGAAGGAUGUCGAUGAAACUUGCAAGAGUAUCAAAACUCACGACACCAAAAAUCGAAGAGGGUGCUAUAAGAGAAAAUCAAUUGCGCCAACUUGGGAGGAGGACACCUCAAUUCUGAUUGAAGAUGGCCAUGGGUGGAGAAAGUAUGGACAAAAAAUGACAAUGAAUGCCAAAUACCUCAGGAGCUACUACAGGUGUACUCACAAAUAUGAUGAGGGUUGCGAAGCAAUCAAACAUGUUCAGAGAAUUCAAAAAGACCCUCCAUUGUACCGGACAACCUAUUAUGGCUAUCACACUUGCAAAAGCCCUUUGAAUCCCGAGAUAAUUUUGGAACCUGUUUCUUCCUUUGGCUCUUCUAUAUUACUUAGCUUUAAUAACAGCCUUCCAAGCAAACAAGAACACCCGUUUUCAUCACCAUUUUUUGCAUCAAAGAAACAGAAGCCAACGGAAGUGGUUCACUAUGACCAUAUUGCUCAAAACCAAUUGUCGUCCUUAGAAGACCUCCUAUUAUGCGAUUAUGAAAAUUAUUUCGAUUAUUCGAGUCAUGUCACUAUGCUAUCAUCGACCAAAUCCGUUGAUUUUGACAAUUUUUAUGAGCAGUUUGAUUUUGAUGGUUAG